AAUGUGCCGUGUCUAUUCAUGUUCUUCACCUGCAAGGUUUGAAUUCUGACCCGUCGACCGGCCAUUGACGGUACACUUUGGCAUUCUCCGUUCUGGAUGUUCUGCAUUUGCAUCUCGUCUGCUGUGUUGCUGAUUCACUGUAGAGGAAUCUCUUCUCCACCAUCACUUUCUCUCUCGUCAGGAAGUGAUUCGGCUCCAUCGAGACUUGCGUUAAUGUGAAUGUGGAAUUCGGAGGAUGAAAUUUUGGCGUGGAGUAUUUUUCUCUUUUCCCAGGACUGCUUGAAUCAGAGGAUCCCAUGAUCUGCCAACCGGAUGCUCAGAGAGUGAGGUGUUCUCUGUAGCUGCGCCACUCGUGAUUCGUUAACCUACAUCUGUCGACUGAAGCGGGGACGGAUAUGGGGAGAAAUUUAUCCAGAAAGAGAAACGUGCACAAUGAAGAUGCAUCUCGUCCAGGGAAAGCCAAAAGAAGGGCUAUGCACCCGAGCAACAAGUAUGCUGAAAAUCCUCCAGAUUUCAGUCACCUCGCAUCAUUAUACCCUUCUUUCAGUGAGUUCGUUGCUUACGGACCGAACAAGAAACCCAGAAUCGAUUGGACCGACUUCAAUGCAACACGGGAGCUGACCCGAGUACUGCUGGAUCACGACUUCGGCAUCAAGUGGUGGGUUCCAGACGGGCAGCUAUGUCCAACUGUUCCGAAUCGUGCAAACUACAUUCAUUGGAUUGAUGAUUUGCUCUCCCUUUGCCCUGCUCCUUGGCAUUCUGAGAAGGAUUCUCAGAAUUCCAAGAUAAGAGGGGUAGACAUCGGCACUGGAGCUAAUUGCAUUUAUCCUCUUCUUGGAGCAGCGCUGCAUGGAUGGCACUUUGUUGGCACAGAUAUCACUCCGGUUGCCCUUCAUUGGGCUAGAACGAAUGUUGAACAAAAUCCACAGUACGGAGAACAUAUUGAGAUCAGGAAUGCAUCCAUACAUGAAGAGGGUAUCGAUCUCUCGAACGACAAAACAACAAGAGACAAAAGUGUGAUCACUGUUGAUGCCUGCACAAUAUUGGUGAGAGAAGCAGCCAACGAAGUGAAUGAGAAGAUUCAGCCAUCAAAUGUUAGCCAUGGUCUGGAAACUGUACCGGACAACGGCACAAUUGAGAGUAGUCUUCCAUCGAUGUCACUUGAUGGCUGUGAUGCUCAGAAGACUGAGCCUUACUUGGCAGAAGUUUUGGAUCAAAAUCAGAUUUCGCUCCCUACAGAUAAUACGGUACAAAAUGCAGGGGUCAUUGGUCCCUCGUCGAGACCUGAAGAAAUUCAUGACGUUCCACAACUUGCUCCUGUCUUAUGUGGGGUACUGAAGGACGGCGAAAGAUUUGACUUUUGCAUGUGUAAUCCUCCUUUUUUCGAAACUAUAGAGGAGGCUGGACUUAAUCCUCGUACUGCGUGUGGAGGAACGUCACAUGAGAUGGUUUGUUCUGGUGGAGAGCUUGCUUUCAUUACACAGAUUAUUGAGGAUAGUGUGCAACUGGGUACAAGAAUUCAGUGGUACACAAGCAUGGUUGGAAGGAAGGUAAAUCUCAAUGCAAUCACGAGUCGUCUACGAGCCGUCGGUGUAACAAUGCUGCGUACAACUGAAUUUGUCCAAGGGCGAACAUCCAGAUGGGGUAUUGCAUGGUCCUUUGCACCUGUCCAGCAAAAUGUCGUUUUGCCUCGACGAAUUUCUGGGAGUAAUAAAGUUUCUUUCAUGCUUGAGGGUAUUAAUCGUCAAGUAAGUGCGACGGAUGUUUUGCAAGAACUUUCUAAGCAGCUUCAGGCGUAUGGAGCUACGAAUGCCGUGAACAUACAGUCAUUCUCCUUAUCGGGUGAGCUCCCUAUUCACUUGGAAGAACAACAGGGGCGAUUUGAUGUCCCAUCUGCAACGAAAUUGGAGGAUGAAGUCAAUGAUACAAACAAGAGCAGGAGAAUACCCUUCCAAGCUUCAGUACUUCAGCAAGUUCCAGGAACCUUGGUCAUCAAAGCUUCACUUAUGAAAGGUGAAGGCCCAUCAGGUAUAUUUUCUUCUUUAUUUGAUAGGGUGGAAGCUGGUUUGAAAGAGCACUUUGUGAAGAUAGCACGUCGGUGAUAAUGUUGCAACUUGCAUCUUUGCAAUGAAGUGUCACGGAGCCACUUCUUUCUUCUUGCAGUUCACGGAAGAAGUCAUUAGACAUCAAUUUCGUGUAUCACUGAACUUAAGCUCCUACAUAAAAACAUUUCUUCUCAAAUUAUGUGAUAUGCCUUUUAUGCUUCUGCGACCUGUUGAAUCGAAUCGGGUAAAUGUUGAUAAUCGUGCUUGGAUUACGCUUUCGCGUUUCUCCACAAUUCUUAAAUCA